AUGGCUGAUAUUGACGUUGACACCGCCUCCAUUGAGCAGUUGAGAGAUGUCUUGUGUAACAAGGCAGGAAAUGUUGCACUCGCUAACCGUUUCAGAGCCUUGUUCAACUUGAAAUGUUUAGGUGCCGAGUCCGAAGACAAGGCCAUCGUACACAAGGCCAUCGACUACAUUGCUGAGUCGUUUGCUGACAGUUCCGAGUUGUUGAAACAUGAGGUCGCUUAUGUUUUGGGUCAGAUUAAAAGUACCCACGCUAACCAGUAUUUGAAGCAGGUGUUGGCUGAUGAGGCUAAUCAGCAAAUUAUGGUCAGACAUGAGGCUGCCGAAGCUAUGGGUGCUAUCGGAGACGCUGAAUGUUUGGAAAUCUUGGAGAAGUACUUCAAAGAGGACCCUGCUCUCGAGAUUAGACAGACGUGCGAGUUGGCUAUCGAGAGAAUCCGUUGGGAGAACUCAGAGGCUGCUAAAAGCGAAAACUUGGAGACCUCCGCUUUCACUUCCAUCGACCCAGCUCCUCCUUUGCCUAUCGACCAGGAAGCUAAGAUUGAAAAGUUGCAGAAAAUCUUGAACGACCAGGAGAAGCCACUUUUUGAGAGAUACAGAGCCAUGUUCAGGUUGAGAGACUUGGCCACCGAUGAAGCCUGUCUUGCAUUGGCUUCGGGCUUUGAGGAUCCCUCUGCUUUGUUUAAACACGAGAUUGCCUACGUUUUCGGUCAGUUGUGUAACCCAGUGACUGUGCCUUCUUUAAUUAAGGUAUUGAAGGACGAGAGUGAGGCCGGUAUGGUGAGACAUGAGGCUGCUGAGGCAUUGGGAUCCAUUGCAACUGACGAGUGUUUGCCUGUGUUGAAGUCGUUCUUGAACGACGAGGAGCAGGUGGUCAGAGACAGUGCAGUCGUGGCAUUGGACAUGUACGAGUAUGAGAACUCCAACGAGUUGGAGUACACCACCAUCAAGACGAACUAG